ACUUCUUCAUCUUUACUGUGACUGUCAUGCCUUUUAAACUAGUAUAUCCAUUACGCACAAUACACAUACAUUCAAGAGGAAAGUUGUUUUGUGCUAAGCUUGCGUGAGGCUUGGGUUAUGUAACUAAUUGUUUGUGAGUCUUCUGCAAGGUAUCAAAGUUGAGGCACCAUGAGUGCCAUUCAAAUUUCCCGUGCAUUGCUCUCAGCGAGGCAAGCUGGAAAGCUAAUCAGCAGCACAACACCAACUAAACUUCAGCCUCCAUCUGUUGCAAAUCGCUAUCUGCAGCAGCGAUGGAGCAGCACGGGCGGCAGCACCGGUGCCUCAGGCGGCGGCACCACCCCUGGCGGCGCGCGGGACCCGCGCCGAUUCAGGGAGCCCAUGUCGCGUAAAACGCUGGCCGGCACGGCACUGCUCGGUGCCGGCCUGCUGGGCUUCAUGUACUACCUGAAGCGGAAGAAGGAGAUCGCGAUUGACCGGGAGCGUCGCCGAGCGCUGGGGAAGGCGGCGCUGGGCGGCCGGUUUGAGCUGGUGGACCACAACGGACGGCCGUGCUCCAGCGACGACCUGCUCGGCCAGUGGGUGCUGCUCUACUUCGGCUUCACACACUGUCCCGACAUCUGCCCCGACGAGCUGGAGAAGAUGGCCGAGGCCGUCGACACCGUCGCCAAGACGCCCAACAUGCCGCGCGUACAGCCUGUGUUCAUCACGGUGGACCCGCUGCGAGACGACGUGAAGGCGGUGCGCGAGUACGUGCGAGAGUUUCACCCUCAGCUGCUCGGCCUCACCGGCACCGUCGAACAGGUGAAGGAGGCCUGCAAGGCGUAUCGGGUGUACUUUAGCGAAGGACCCAAAGACGACGAUAACGAUUAUAUCGUGGACCACACCAUCAUCAUGUACCUGAUCGACCCGGAAGGUCAGUUUGUCGACUACUACGGCCAGACGAAGACGGCCGAUCAGGUGGCCGCCAGCAUAAUGGUCAACCAGGCCAAAUACAACAAACUCAAGAAGGGCUCAUUCUGGUAGCCCACCGCCGCGACGCGGUCAACUGUGAUUGUGACAGGGAUUGUGUGGAUGAAUGGAGAGCGCUAGGAACUAUUUUUAUUUGUUAUUUGUGGUGAUAAUGUUAUGGAGGCUUCAGCUAGGAGGAUGGACGGGCGGGAGGUGCUGAUUGUUUUUACCUGAGCGAGCCUGUCCCGUCCGGACUGACUGGAGGAGCUUUACUCGGACAAACAACACAUGACGUAGUGCAGUGGCCGGUGGGCCAUAAUUAUCUUGUGAUCAGUGGGUGUGCACAUGAUGUUCCUCGCCGGUCGCUGCUACCGCUGGCGCAAUCAUCGCCGUUCUGCCUGUGUCUUGUGCGGGCAGUUCCGCGCCCGGAAGGUCCACGGCGUGUCGCAUGUACUCUUGUGCACGACCACAGUUCAUGAAGACACGCCUCUCAGACUA